CACCCUCUCCUGCCCCCUCAGGACCAUGAGCUCGGAGCCCCCCCGGAGAGGCCUCCUGCUGCUGCUGACGGCUUUGGGGCUGAGCAGGGGCAACCCAGCGAGGCCCUCUCGGGGCCAGAUGGUGACAUGCACAUGUGAGAACCCGCAUUGCAGGGGGCCGACCUGCCAGGGGUCCUGGUGCACGGUGAUCCUGGUGCGAGAGGAGGGCGGACGGCCCCAGGAGCACCGGGGCUGCGGCAACCAGCACCAGGAGCUGUGCAGGGGCCGCCCCACCCAGUUCGUCAACCACUACUGCUGCUACAGCCCCCUCUGCAACCACAACGUGUCCCUGGUGCUCGAGGCGACCGAGACUCCAGAUCCCCAGGAGGUUGACGGCCAGCUGCCUCUGAUCCUGGGCCCUGUGCUGGCCUUGUUGGUGUUGGUGACUCUGGGUGCCCUGGGCCUGUGGCACAUCCGGCGGAGGCAGGAGAAACAGCGGGGCCUGCUCAGCGAGUUGGGCGAGUCCAGCCUCAUCCUGAAGAUCUCCGAGCAGGGGGACAGCAUGCUGGGGGAUCUCCUGGACAGUGACUGCACCACGGGCAGUGGCUCGGGGCUCCCCUUCCUGGUGCAGAGGACAGUGGCACGGCAGGUGGCCUUGGUGGAAUGUGUGGGCAAGGGCCGCUACGGGGAGGUGUGGCGUGGGCUCUGGCACGGCGAGAGUGUGGCCGUCAAGAUCUUCUCCUCGAGGGAUGAGCAGUCCUGGUUCCGGGAGACAGAGAUCUACAACACGGUGUUGCUGAGACACGACAACAUCCUAGGCUUCAUCGCCUCGGACAUGACCUCCCGCAACUCCAGCACGCAGCUUUGGCUCAUCACGCACUACCACGAGCACGGAUCCCUCUACGACUUUCUGCAAAGGCAGACGCUGGAGCCCCAGCUGGCCCUGAGGCUGGCGGUGUCCGCGGCCUGCGGCCUGGCGCACCUGCACGUGGAGAUCUUUGGUACCCAGGGCAAGCCAGCGAUCGCCCACCGCGACCUCAAGAGCCGCAACGUCCUGGUCAAGAGCAACCUGCAGUGUUGCAUCGCCGACUUGGGCCUGGCUGUGAUGCACUCGCAGAGUAGCGAUUACCUGGACAUCGGCAACAACCCUCGAGUGGGCACCAAGCGGUACAUGGCCCCUGAGGUGCUGGACGAGCAGAUCCGCACUGACUGCUUUGAGUCCUACAAGUGGACCGACAUCUGGGCCUUUGGCCUGGUGCUAUGGGAGAUCGCCCGGCGGACCAUUGUCAACGGCAUCGUGGAGGACUACCGCCCUCCCUUCUAUGACGCCGUGCCCAAUGACCCCAGCUUCGAGGACAUGAAGAAGGUGGUGUGUGUCGACCAGCAGACCCCCACCAUCCCCAACCGGCUGGCUGCAGACCCGGUGCUGUCGGGCCUGGCUCAGAUGAUGCGGGAGUGCUGGUACCCGAACCCCUCGGCCCGCCUCACGGCCCUGCGCGUCAAGAAGACCCUGCAGAAGCUCAGCCACAGUCUGCAGAAGCCCAAAGGGAUUCACUAGCCCGGAGCCUGCACCUGGGCCCCUCUGCCUGCGUCGGGUGGGAACAACUGGGCGACCUGGGGGCCCGUCUGUGGCGAGGGGACGCGAGUGUGCGUGCUGGGGAGGGCUGCCCCUCCGGGGUGACUCAGUCCAUCGGGUCUGCCCAGCUCGCCAGGCCCCUCCAGCCGAAAA